AUGUCAAGGUCCAGAGUCGGUACUCAUCAUUGGAUCAGUCUCGUCUCAUCAAGUGUCGUUUUUCAUCUGGCAGAAUCCAUCUGGCAGAAUCUGUCAUCUGAAAAUUGGGGUGGAAAUUGGAAGAUCACCAUGAUGAGCUCACUUUUGUUGUUCAACCGGAUUGCUAGAGUUGCACACCCAACCGAACAAGGAAGACUUUCGCGAUUGUUGAUAAGCCUAGGCCAGAUCAACCUCCCCAGACCUUAUUCAAGUCUACUUUCAAUUACCUUUCCUACCAAUCUUCUAUUCAAUACCUAUCAAUUGCAAAUGAAGUUCUCUUCUUCUAUCAUCAAGCUGCUCUCGUGGUCAUGGACCACCGACAACAACAACAGCAACAUCAAGAAGACCCCCGUUCUCCAGGUCGCCAAGGAGAUUAUGGGCAACAACAACGACAACAAGGACGUCCCUGCGGCAGAGGAAGUCCCAACAUUCCAACUGGACGAGUUGGACAAAGAUGUUGUCGAAACCGCGGCACUGUUGCACCUGUACGGAACGAGUCCUUAUGUGGAGUUCCAGCAGCACGGUCGCUACCUAGGUGCCUACGACCUUUCCCUGGUUCCUUUGGAUCAGCAUGGUCACUACGGAUACGACAACUACAACCAGCACCGGCCCAAAGGCUGCCGCAUCCAACCCAGUCAAUCAGCCAACGCUCGCUGGAAGACCCAUUACGGUCAAGACACUGAACGGAGCAAUGGAAACCGUUUAUCCUUUGCUCCCGUCAACACUGUAGGGGGGUACUCUUCUGACAAGAGCGAACAAGAGGAAAACAGCCGUGUCUAUCGAGACAUGAAGAAACAUGUGCCACAGGCCCGAUACGAAUUGUGGCAGGAAGCCCAACAACAAUUCAUUUCCGUCGGCGCACAGACACCCCACGAACGCGUCUUGGAUCUCGUGCAGUUGAUUCAAGAGUAUGGAUACCAACAAGUGGCCAAAUGGAUCGCCAACAACCAAUGGUUCCAAAGCGACAAAGCAUACCUACAAAAAGCCAAACUGUACAUUCAAAUUGAUGCCAUGCAUCAAGACCUCGAGAAGCUCGUCAAGUUCAUCCAGGCGAAGAAAGGAAACGACAAGCAAGUCGCCCACUGGUUCAUGGUCAACAAAAAGAACACUUACAUGUUCGAACUCGCCAUGUGCCACUUGCACCACGGAGGAAUUCAGCGCAACGCUGACGACGAAAUUUGCACCUUGAAUACGCGAGAACAGAUUGCCAAACGACGAUUUGUCUAUCGCAAGGUCAAGGAUGUCUGCAUGGAAGAUGCAGCACCUAUAGUAGUAGAAGAAGAACAACCAACAACAACUAGAGACAUCGAGGCAAUAGAAACAGUCUCAACCGUCGACAACAACAACAAGAUGGCAUCCGAUGCCACAAUCACAUGCAAAGCAGCGGUGGUUCCCACAUGCACAGCAGUAGUUCCAUACGUUCAAAAGUGGCAUGUGAAACACUUCAAGAUCAGUAUGCAUGGACAACAACCAUUAGUAUUGGAGAUGCGAAUGAUGAAUGGUGUGCUACUUGGAGUGGUACCCAACGACAUUCUUGCGGCAUUGAUGGAAGAUGGUGGAGACAUUGUCAAGGAACUGAUUCGGCAGCACAAGACACCAAGAUUGGAGGCAGGCAUUGCCUCGGACGAGAUGGAUUACGAAUUUGUGACUGGCCAAGUGGUAGCUGAAGAACCAUUGGUCGAGGUGGAGAAACAACAACGAGUUGAUGCUGAAGAACCACUGGUCAACAACCGAGUUGAUGAGGAGGACAAUGUGGACACAGCACAAUCAACUUUGCGACGAUCAAAGAGACGCAUGGCGGCGAUUGCAUCUCAGAGAAUCGCAGAACAAAUCAAGACGAAGCCACGGAGGGUGGCAGUUCAACAACCUAGAAAUAUUAAAUGUAGACGGGCGGCGGCCACCAAGAAAAAGUCGACAAAGCCAAAGGUGAAAGGCAAGAAAAAGAAGACAACGACGACACACCCUGUGACGGACACACAGCAGCAAACAACAGUUCAGACAACAACAACUCUUUCUGGGCGGCAAGUCAGAAAGCCUGACCGGUACAUUCCAGUCUAG